UCGCUGCCACAUGUUCCCUGGAGGUAUUCGCUGCCACAUGUUCCCUGGAAGUGUUCGCUGCCACAAUAAAUUUCAGUGGUUUUUGAAAGUUGCAAUACAAAGAGCAGUCUUUAAGAGGAGAAGAAACCUAUAAGUGAAUUACAAGUAUUCUGAAGAAGACGUGCGAAGAGUUUUUGAGGAAAGGCAGCAGAGGAAUGAGAAGCUCGUACAGACACCAGCAGAACAAGGGUCUUAAACAGACAUCAAGAGGGACCAAGACCACACAUAACAGGAAGAAACUGCUAUUGUGUGUCUUUCAGGUGAGGAACUAUAUUAACAAUGUCUGAAAGAAUGGAUAGCUGCCUACAUACCUGGGCUAUUAGUCUGACCCGUCACCACAAGGUGUUUAGUCAUGAUCAUCCACUAAUCCCAGAACAUUUCUCUAAAUUAACUUGCGACACAAAUUUGCAACCAGUGCUCUCCUACUUAGUGCGUCAUGUUCGCUCACCAGAAGAAAGAAGAUUGAUAAAGUUAAAUUUAAAGCAAGCUCGUUUCAGAAAGCAAGUAAGAGAUGGUCAAGAAAUGUCAGCAUCUGAGGAGAGAUUUAAAAUUAAAGCAGCUGUUGUGGAUGCAGUUUCAGCUGUUGACGCAGAAGUAACUGAGAUUCAACAACUGAGCCAGAAAAAAGAGGAGCUCCGUCAAAAAGAGGUAGAAAUUAAACGCCGAACAAUGCUGAUGAAAGUGGUUUGGGAAGAGCGAAAUAAAGAGGUCAGUCACUGUCAGCUAUGGAAUUCUCAGCUUUCUAGCUUAAUAGAAAAAGAAUCAGAUAAAAAGAACUCAAAAGACAAAAGAACUGAUUUGAUGUUGCAGCUGCGAAGUAACUUGUUGGAUUUAGAAAGACUUCAUCAUUCAGUAAUCAAUAACCGUUUUAACUCAGACUCCAUUCAUCAGCAGAAGGUAUGCUUAUGGGAGCAAAUUAGAGUAACCCUGGAUAACUGGAAUCCUAGGGUGCUGCUAGAUGGUAUUUUAAGUGAAGUUCGGGAAAGCACUCGCAGGCUUCACUCUCAGGUUCAACUCGUUGAUUUGGCAAGAGAUGCACGAGAACUUAGACUAAAGUGUGAGAGUGAUGGAUCAUUUAUUGAUGAGAUGAACCCAGGAGGAGUGAUAGAAUCUGUACGUGAAUUGCUUGGCCAGAUGAGUGCAGCCCAUGUUAAGCUGUAUGUGGAAGCACAUCAGGCUGACCAGGCAGCCCUGUCUUUAACUCGUGCAAUCAGCGCACUCAACAACAACAUAGCUUCUGUUGCCAGGCGCACAUAUUGUGAAGAUGCUUUGGCUACUGCAGUAAUAAAUAUGGUAAAAGAGAAUAUAUCACUGGCGGGUGAGCAUGCAGCGCUUAACACUGCUCAGGCCCUCACUGCAUCUCUCCAAGAACGUGCUGAUGUUGCAGCUCGAGCUCGAGAUGCUGUAACAGCUAAGCAUGCCAAGAUAAUGAGUUUCAACAAAGAAGUUCAAGAUGGAGUGGAGAGUAUCCAAUGCCUAGCUGUGAACAUUCGUGGCGGCUGGCUCAGUAUCAAGGAUCACUUGGGACAGCUUAAAUCUUCCAUCAGUGAGACAUUAUCUUGCACAACGUAUCCAACACCUACGUCACCACAUUCGCUGAGCAAUGAAUGUGAAGUAUUUACUUCAGUACCAUUAUCUUACCUUCUUACAACAAACAUUGAAGAAUGUGAGAUGAAACAGAAAGCAAGGAUGUCUACAACUUCACUUAUGUGGUAUGACCAAGAUACUGUUGAAGCUGGCUGGGAAGCUCUCUCCCAACUGUGUAGUGGAAUGCACUGUUGGGAAGAUGUAUAUAACACUGUUCAUGAGCGAUUAAAUAUGGCACACUCCUUCCACAUCCAGAUGGAGCAACUUGGCACAGUUAGGGAAGCAAUGAGCUCUGUACAAAAGAAAACACAAAUUCUCUCCAGUCAAGAAAUGAAAGGUGGGAGCAACCUGCAAAAUCCAUCAAAAUAAUUGGGACUUCAUAAUAGAACAUUUUUCUAUUUUGCCUAAAUCUUGUUUAUUAUUUAGUUUUUAACAAAUUAGACAGGUCUUUUGGAUAUUCAUUGUUUCUUUUCAUGCUAAAUAACAAAACCCCUUAAGUAUUGACUUGUGAAGUGGCAUAAUAAUUACAAUAUAUUUUCAAAAGAAU